AUGGCACUUACUACUACUACUACUACUACUACUACUACUACUACUACUACUACUACUACUACUACUACUACUACUACUACUACUACUACUACUACUACUACUACUACUACUACUACUACUACUACUACUACUACUACUACUACUACUACUACUACUACUACUACUAAUAAUAAUAAUAAUAAUAAUAAUAAUAAUAAUAAUAAAGAAUCCUAA